AUGACUGUUGCUACAACUACGCCAGCGAAUGUCAGUUGUUGCGGUUGUGGUGGAGGAACUUGGUACCGAGACGAUAGCCCUGGCGCUGACUGGCAGGACAUCGUCAAGCUGGAAUUGAAGUAUAGCAACAGCUCUCAGGGCAAGUUUGAUCGAACGGUCAAAGGUAGUCAGUCGCUUGAUCUCAUACUGACCGGUAUUGAGCCUGUGGUUUCAACUGCUGGUGGUAACAGGAUACUCCGUGUCGUUGCUCUUGACUCUAGCGGCGUCAUCAACAACAAGGAGACCGGGUUGAUUGUCACUGUCGAGGUAUUCGAGAACGGCCUGCCACUGGCAUCAAAACGAGCCGUGCUCAAUGAUGGCGAGGCAAUGGUGGAUUUCGAUUUCCCCGCGGGCGUCACAGAGCUUACUGCUGUCGCUUCUCCGAGUGAGCCCAUCUUCCUUGACGUCUCCCUGGUUGACUGCGGUGGUGAUAGUACGGUCGGUCCUAAUGGCUUACGAUAUCUUCUGUGGAAGUUAGCUGGCGACUCUUACGUCCUCAAGUGCGCAACCCUAUCCGCCGAUGAGACUUCGUGGAUCGAUCCUCUAGGUGGCGUUCUCAACCCUCAAGAUAACGAAGGCUGGAUGUCGAUCAUGAUGGCCAACGAGAACGGUGUGGUUGUCACCGCUACAGAUUCAACUCCUCGAAGGGUCUCUAAUGUUCUUCUCGGCUUUGAGGGUGGUGGUAUUGGCAUUGGUGGAUGUGGGGGCUUCUGUGUCUUCGGUGGUAUGCUUUCCGUCAACUUUGGCAUGUCGUUGAGGCCGUCUCUUAUCAAGAUCCUUCGUGAGGAAUCGACUAUCACGACAACGGAUGAUGACGGUCGCGGGGGAGGGAGUUCGACCACAGUGAGCACGAGGACGGGUGAUGUUAUUACAGUGACUUCUACAACUACAACUAGCACGGUAUUUGCAGUUGAUUGCGACGCUGGUUGUCGAGCUAUCCGUCCUGGAUCGUAUUGCAAAUACUGGUUGAAUCCUUCUGUCUGUUAUGCUAGUGAUGUGCCCUGCAUCUGCACCACUAUCCCUUGAAUUCCGCGAGCUCUCUCGUGACUAUGUAUAUCGAUGCUUCACACCACACUAUAAGUUAUAGUCCAUAACAUGAUCAUAUUCACUCGUGCU